CUCCUGUCACGAUGGUUGCCUAUCUGCUGCUGUUGGGCAUCUUCAUGGUCUUCAUCAUCAUCCAUCUCAAGUCUCGACGACCCAAGGGUUUCCCUCCUGGACCCAUCGCACUGCCAUUUUUGGGAAGCAUACACAAAAUGUGCUCAAGUAACCCCUUAAAUGACAUAGAGAAGUUGAGGAAGACAUAUGGGAACAUCUACAGCCUGUACCUGGGACGCAACGCUGCUGUGGUGCUGUGUGGCACCCAGGCUCUGAAGGAAGCUCUGGUGAACAAGGCUGUGGACUUUGCUGGACGACAUCAGGACCUGUUCAUGACUGCUGUCACUAAGAGGAGAGGUGGACUUCUGGCUGACUAUGGUCCAACCUGGAAGGAGCAUCGUCGCUUUACUUUGAUGACCUUGAGGAACUUUGGUUUGGGCAAACAGUCGAUGGAGCAGAGGAUUCUGGGAGAACUACAGUACACCAUUGAUUAUCUGGAGAAGAAUACUGGAAAAAUUUUUAGCCCUCAAAUCAUGUUUCAUUCAGUCGCCUCAAACGUGAUCUGUCAACUUCUGUUCAAUAAUCGAUAUGAACAUGGUGAGGAGUUUAUUACAACAAUUGUGAACUCUCUCUGUGAGAUUAUCAAAAUGAACAACGGACCCUGGGCUUUGAUUCAUGAGAGUUUCCCUUGGGUUCGCUGCUUGCCACUGCCUUUUACUAACGCAUUUGAGGCAAUAGAGGUUUUAAAAAAACUGAUUAUCCCAGUGAUAGAGGAACACAAAAAAGACAGAGUACCAGGAGAACCUCGGGACUUUGUGGACAGCUACCUGGAUGAACUGGAGAAAGUAUACAAUGACGGUUCUUCAUUUUCCUCUGAGGAACUCCUGAUGUACUGCCUGCUCCUGUACAUGGCUGGGACAGACACUACAGCCAACACAUUACUCUUUGGCUUCCUCUACCUCAUGAACAGACCACAUAUUCAGGAACGCUGUCAAGAGGAGAUAGACCGUGUCCUGGAGGGAAAGGACUUUGUCACAUUUGAAGACAGACACGACAUGCCUUAUGUCCAGGCUGUUAUUCACGAAGCUCAGAGGACUGCCGACACUGUUCCCCUCAGUCUUUUUCAUGCAACCACCAGAGACACAGAGCUUAUGGGCUACUCUAUUCCUAAAGGCACUAUUGUCAUCCCCAACCUGUCCUCAGCGCUCUGGGAGGAGGGACAGUGGAAGUUUCCUCAUGAAUUCAACCCCGAAAACUUUCUCAACGACAAGGGAGAGUUUGUCAAACCAGACGCCUUCCUGCCCUUCUCCGCAGGUCUUCGAGUGUGUUUGGGAGAAGCCCUGGCCCGUAUGGAGCUCUUCCUCAUGAUGGUGACUCUUCUGAAGAAGUUUAAGUUCAUUUGGCCUGAGGAUGCAGGAGAGCCUGACUUCACUCCAGUGUAUGGCCUCACCAUGACGCCCAAACCGUACAACAUGAGAGUGGAGAUUAGAUGAAAACAGCUUGGUGAACAUGGUGGGAUAACAUUCUUAGAUCAUAUAUCACUGAACGGAAGACAACUUGGAAUACAAUGGGGUGGGGGCAUUUAGAACAUUUACCAAACAGAAGACACACAGUAAAUCUUUGGUGAUGUACACAGACUUAUAAUAAUAUAUUACUCAAACAUGUGUAAACAAAACAAACACAACUCCAGCAGCUAGGUAACUUGUAACAGUACAAAAUCAGCUCAUUUGUUGUAAUCCAUAAACAUUCAUUUUGUCUUUUUUGUACAUUAAAUUCUCUGGUUCUUUUAAAGAUAAUACAGGAGGAGAUGUAUUUACCUUGUUGACAUGUUUCAACUGGCUGCAAGUCAUCUUCAGAACCCCAAAAGAACCCAAGAACAAAUAAUGUACAGAAUGAAUGUCGCAGCAGCCAGAACAACGUAAAUACAAAACAGAGUCAGAGUUUCACUUCCUGAACAUGUGAGACAGACUCUACUUUGACGCUGUUUAAAUCCAGACUCAAAACUAAAGGUUUUCAUUCCGCACUCUUCUCUGUCAUUUAUUGUCUCUCUUUUCUUAAUUUUAUGAUGAAUAUUUAUGUUUUGAUUUAUUUUUAUUGUGAUUUUAGUGUAUUUCUUAUUCUGUAAAGCACUUUGAAUUACUUUGUGCAUGAAUUGUGCCAUACAAAUAAACUUGUCUU